UCCAUGUCUCGGCCAAUAAAAACACGCUGGAGCGACCCGCCUUCAUUAAGACAGGGAGUGCUGCCCUAGUGGCCCAAACACCGCUAUGGCUGUCCAGGUGCCAGGACUCAUUGCAAUCAUCGUGUCGUAUGUUGUCGUCUUUGCCAUCGGUUUGUGGGCGGCGUGGAAGAACAGAAGACAGUGCUGCAGGGAGAAAGUGGAAGAUGUCUUUCUGGCUGGGAGAGAUAUAGGAUUAUGGCUGGGCAUGUUCACGUUAACAGCCACCUGGGUGGAUGGCUCCAUGAUAGCUGGGACAGUGGAAGGGGUAUUCAGUCAAGGCAUGCCUGCUGUCAUGGUACCACUGGGGUAUGCCGUCACCCUUGUCCUAGCUGGCCUGUUUUACGUGGAGAGAAUGCGUAGCCGGGGUUACAUCACUAUGCUUGACGCAUUUGAAAAGAAGUUUGGGGAAGUGAUGACGGUGUUGAUGUUCAUACCAGCGCUCUCUGGGGAUUUGUUUUGGUGUGCAGCGACGCUUGCGUCUUUAGGCACCACCCUGACAGUGGUGAUCGGUAUGGACCACUCCACUGCAGUGAUCGUGUCCACCGCAGUAGUCCUGGCGUACACUCUGUUCGGGGGCCUGUACUCCGUGUCGUACACUGACGUCAUACAAGUCUUCCUGUUGUUUAUAGGCCUGGGUGUCGCUGCUCCAUUUGCGCUUUCUCACCCGUCGGUCACUCCCCUGCCUGACUCCAUGACCACGUGGGUCGGGGAGGUCCAGCCCAAACGUAUAGCUACCUUCAUAGACGUGGCCCUCCAGAUCAUCCUGGGGGGCAUACCUUUCCAGCCGCUGUUCCAGCGGGUUCUUGCCGUCAAAACGAUAAGAAAAGCUCAGAUCGUGUGCUAUGCAGGAGCAGUGGGGACCGUUCUCGGUACAAUACCCCCGGUUUUACUGGGAUUGGCAGCUGCCUCAUCGAAUUGGACAGAGACGGCUUACGAGGGCACCAUCCCUAUCCCUCAGGAAGACAAAAAGUUUAUCUGCUCCCUGGUUCUCCAGUACCUGUGUCCCUUUGUGGUCUCCAUGUUUGGUCUCGGGGCCAUGAGCGCCGCCGUCAUGUCGUCUGCUGAUUCUCUGAUUUUGUCUUCAAGUUCUUUGUUUUCAGGCAAUGUGUGGAGAGUGCUGAGGAGACACAAGGCUAAAGAUCAAGAAUUGGUCUGGGUGAUGCGCUUCUUCAUGCUGGUCUUCGCAGUAGUAGCGGCCUAUCUAGCAAUCAAAAUAGAGAGCAUAUUUUCCUUGGCAACGCAAUUUCUUGAAAUCGUCUACGUUGUCCUUUUCCCGCAGUUGACAGCAGUGCUAUUUGUUGAUUUCACCAAUGCCUACGGCUCGAUCGUUGGUUACAUCCUGUCUUGGGUCAUCCGGGGACUAAGCGGGGAGCCAAUGCUGUCUCUGCAGCCAAUCAUCUUCUGGCCUUUCUACGACCACGAGGCGAAUGGCGGGGAAGGUGAGCAGCUAUUUCCCCACAGGACUUUUUGCGUGAUCGUCGCUUUCAUAGCCAUUAUUGGGGUUUCGUAUGUAACCGACUUUUUCUUCAAAAAUGAUAUUUUACCGAAGAGAUUUGAUAUUUGUUACAGCGUGGUCAAUAACACAGACAGAACAGAAAAAAAAGAGAACACAGAUUCGAGUCCGAGGGCAACGGGCACUGAUAAUAAGACUUUUCAGGAAAGCAAUGGAGAACCGAAGAACACUGUCCUUUAACAUCUUUACUGAAUUAAUCUCGCCGAUUGAAGUCCACAACCUGGUUGAAGGAAAUGGGUACUGCAUUUACUGAUGCGUCUACCACAUGGAUUAUUUUAUGGUCAAAUAAGAAACUUCUUAUUUUUAAUAUAAUUCUGUCAAUUUUUGAUAAAUUAUUCAGGUGCCCAAGUUAACAUACUGCUCCACAUGUUAAUAUUGUGUAUAAAUGGAAAUGAGUGUGAUCAAUGCUUAAAAGGAUGCUUUAAGUUGCAAAAGGAUUGGCUUCAGCUCCAUGGUGAAAUUAAAAUCAACUUCAGUUUAAUUGUGUAUGAACACAGUAAAUAUAUCUUUACGACUUCAACAUUUGCUUUGAGUUGCAAAGGGAUUGGCUUCAAUUACAAGUUGAAAUUAAAAUCAACCUCUGUUUAACUGUGUAAAAAUAUAGCAUAUAUAUCUUUAUGACUUCAAUAUUUUUACAAAAACAAUAUCAUUUGGAUAUGCUUCAUGGUCAUGUACUGUAACUCAUCAUCGAUACCGAAUAUAUGGAACACCGUCUGUUUUAUCAGUAUAGAUUGAUCUCUCAUGAGCAUGCAUUGUAUGUAUGUUU